AUGACGGCUCUACCUCCGGCGAUACAGCACCGGAUAGCUCUCGGAAUCGCCAUUAUCUUUGUUAUUGGUGGAUUUGUGAACAAGCUCAGUGGGCACGAAUUGGUGAUUUUUCGAUCUACGGAUUUGUAUUCUCAUACUCCAAGCUCAGGCCAGGACUAUCGAGCUUUUAUCGGACUUGCUUGCUAUGUCCUACCAUGGGGCAAAACAGAGCUUUGGAAGAAUGGGGAUCCCAUUGAAAACGUUCCAGGAAUCCAGGUUCAAGAUUUUGACACGGGAAAAGCACUGGUUGAGACGAUCCGAGCAGGAGACAGUACUUCUCCUUCUUCUUUGAUCAAGAAGGACGACCCGAGAAUAGUAGCUUUGAAAGAAAAGUUAGCAGCGAGCCAAAUCUCAAUCGAGGAUGGAUUGCAUGUCCAGUGGCUGUCUGUGGCAAUUCUCGCCAACAAUACGCAAAUAAGCUGGUGGGACUAUCUUACGUCUCCAAAGCCUCGUGUUUCCGUUCUCGCCUACGCCAACUAUAAAAUGCUACAAACCAAUUUGGAUCCACAAUACUGGGGGGACAUCAUGCCAGAAGAUUCACAUUACCAGGAAUCCAUCAUUUACUGGAUACUCAUGGCCAUACCAGCUGCACUGUUGGCGUACGACCUAAGACCCUUUGGUCCAUCCUCAAAAUCUGCCAGAGAAGCUCUCUUUCGGCCCUUCAGCUCUCCGGUGGCUCUUCUAUUCAAACGAUACCUUGCAGAUGUCUUUUUUGAAUAUAUUACACUAGACGGGGCGAACAGAGUAUUUAAAUUGCCUGGAUACCACAGCAUUGUCUUUUUUCUGCUUGCCAUAUUGGACAGUUGGUUUCUACAACGACGGCUACACAACAAACAAUACAUGGCUCUGUCUUGUGGUCUGAAGCUUGCAGGUAUUGUGGGAGUUACAAUCUAUGUUUAUCAAUAUGAGCUUGAUCGUCGCUACAACACGGCCCACCUCAGUAUUGAGGCACAGUGGACAAUGGGCAAUCUCGCCGCACAAAUCUUGGCAAUGAUCUAUGGCAGCCAGUACUACGAAACCUUGGAGGCAGCAUUCAACAAGCUUACUUUGUCCCUUCAUUUGUAUUCAGCAGGCUGCACCAAAAUGGGAGAGGCCGGUCUUGGCUGGGUUGAUGAUCGCUACAUUGCGCAAUUGGCUUUGCGGGGGCAAUAUUCCGGCGCAGCCAUCAAAAAGUACCUCCUGGCAGACAUGAUGUUGCAAACGCCCGCCUUUUUCAGAGCCGCUGGCAUGGUCGUAGUUUUUGCCAUGGAACUCACGGCGGUAUUCUCAUGGUGGAACUAUGGCAUGUGUCUGAGGAUCUGGGUCUUGUUCAUGCUCUCAUCAACCUUGACUAUUGGCGUGCCCUUUGCACCCCAAGCCUUUGGUCCUCUGUCAGGACUGCUCAUCUACAUUACUCAGUGGGGAGUGCUGGUAGUUUGUGUGUUUUGCUUGGUAGUCCUGACAAUUGGAACCCAUGUUCUGGUGAAAGAUGACAACGGCAAAGGAAAGAAGUGGAUUGAUCCAUUCCUCCUCCAAGAGACGCUUGUUGAUAAACUCCGGCCAUUUGGUAUUGGGCAACCGAAAGUAACACAUUCCAGUAUACGACGACAGCAGUUAUUUUACCAAUCAGGACUCCCGUCGCUCCCCGAAGAACGUUGA